AUGGCCUCAUCUUCGGGUAACAGGAAGUAUCCUCCGCGGCUUUACCAGAUUGGUAAAACACCGAACCAAAUAAGGAGCAUGAACCACAGUUGUUUUCUAGGCAACUUACAAACGCUGAGAGAGAAUGUCGGCGAAGACGUUUGGGACGAGUUGAGGGAAUCAACUGUAGGUGUGAUUAUCAAGCUGAAGGAGUUGGAUUACACUUGGUCCGCAAAACAUGUUCAUUACUUUCUCGUGAAUCAAUUGGCGGUUCAGAGCAGUCAUGAAGUUUGGUCUUUGAUAGUAGACCAGCCAAUGAGGUUCUCUUUGUAUGAGUUUGGAGAUAUUACCGGGCUGAAUUGUGAUCCCUAUGACACUGAAGAACAGUGCGAUGUGGCUCAUGAAGAUUUUUGGUUGAAGAUGAAAGUUCCAAUUUCUGAAGGACCCAAGUUGAAUGAACUUCAAGCGCUUUUUUCGGUCAUCGGAAACUGGCCUAGAGAGGAGCGUGUAAUGGUUGGCUUGUUGUGUCUACUAUCCAUUGGGAUAUUUGGCAUUUCAAGCAAUAGUAAAAUACCUCUGCAUUUGGCGAAAAGGGUGAUGGAUCCAGCAGCUUUCCAGCGCUAUCCAUGGGGUCGUGUAGGAUUUACCAGCCUUGUGGAUUCCAUAAAAAUGGUGACAUACGAAGUUGGGAAGAGCUACACACUACAUGGUUGUGUUCAUGCUUUGCUCAUUUGGAUAUACGAGUCUGUGCCAGGUCUAGGAGAGUUAUAUGGCAAUCGGAUAGAGGAAGCUGAGAUUCGUGUAAGGCAUAUGAUUGUAAAAGCAAUGGAGGAUAGAUAUCCGAAAUGGGGUGAAGAUGAACCCCAUCAGGAUUUGGAUAACAUGAUAGUUGACAUCCUCAAUGAUCUUCUAAACGACAAGUUUUGGGAUGUAGUGCCAUCUACCAAGCCCCUGAAGAGAAAAACUCAUGUCACUGCACCUAGUGUUCCCGAUAGAGUGGAUGAGAGCCCCUCCACAAAACGAAAGAGGGAGAAAGAAACUGCUCCAGAAAUGGAAGAAUCUCAUACUGAUAUGCCCACCAUCAACAUCACAAUACAAACGUUGCUUGAGGCUGUUAACAACUUGAGUGGAAGAUUAGAAACCAUGGAUGUUAGUGUAGCUGAAAGGGUUUCUAAGACAUUGGAAGCUUCUGUACAAGCUCAGAUGGAAGCUAGAAUCGGUUUAUUUGAGACUGAGUUCAAGAACAAGAUGGCCAUAUUACAGGAAGAAAUAAAGGUUCUUAAAGGGAAGGAUAAUGAAAAAACUCCAUCCGCUGCCGGCAACUCCAAAGCACACGAUGAAGACGACGCUUGUAGCAACACAAUGGUAUGUUUACACUGUCAGCUAGUAUUUUUUAUGCACAAAAUACUUACUGUUUUUUCUUAUACUUGA